CCACACCGCAACUAGCGAGUACAAAUUCAGUCCGUGAAGUCGGCGGUUUUUACGAAACCAUCGCCGAUUUCGCUUUCGCACUUCGAUACGGUCUGAAACUAUUCGAGGGCCUAACGUGCAAAAGAAGCCCUAUAAACCCUAACCCCUAAUCCACUUGUAACGAGAGAGAGAGAGAGCGCGCGCGCGCGAUCAUGGCGAGGGUUGCGGCGCGGGCGAUUUCGUGCGGUAUAACCCUAGCGAGGAGGCUAUGCACGGCGGCGGCGGAGGAGGAGGCUGGAGCAGCGGCGGCGGCGUCGGCGUCGGCGUCGGCGGCGAAAGGGAAGGCGCUAUACCGGCGGUUGUCGGCGCUGGGGGCGGACCCGUCGGCGAGCGCGGCGGAGACGCUGAACGGGUGGGUGAGGGAGAAGAAGGCGGUGUCCAAACCCGAGCUCAUCGGCUACGUCAAGGCGCUCCGGAGGUACAAGAAGCACAAGCACGCCCUCGAGCUGAUGGAUUGGAUGGAAUCUAGAGGCAUGGAAUUGUCUCCAGGAAACCACGCAACACGCCUCGAUCUUAUAUCGAAAGUGAAGGGAUUAGACUCUGCGGAGAGUUACUUCUCGAGCCUUCCGGACACGGCCAAGAACCAACAAACCUACUGCGCUUUGCUGAACAGCUAUGCUGAGCUGAAACUGGCGGAGAAAGCCAUUUCGCUCUACGAGAAGAUGAAGGAACUGAACUUCACUUCCACUACUCUCAUCCACAACGUUCUGAUGACCCUCCACAUGAAACUGGAGCAGCCUGAGAAAAUCCCCGAAUUAUUCCGAGAAAUGAAGGCGAAUUCCGUCUCCCCUGACAACUUCUCGUACUGCAUAUUAAUGAGAAGCUAUGCUGCGGUGAACGACAUUGAGUCAGUCGAGAAAGUUGUGCGGGAGAUGAAAGAGGGUAAGGUCGCCUUAGAUUGGUCCAUUUAUAGCAAUCUCGCCGCCCAUUAUAAUUCAGCAGGGCUUUACGAGAAAGCUGAAGCGGCCCUGAAAAAUCUCGAGCAAGUUAUGGACAAGCGAGACCGGAUGCCUUUCCACUACCUCGUAAGCCUUUACGCUGGUGCCGGAAACUUACCGGAGGUUAUAAGGGUGUGGAAGCGUUAUCGAGAAGCAUUUAAAAGGCCCACCAACGCGAGCUACUUGAUUGUGCUUCAGGCUUUCAGUAAGCUAGAUGGUAUCGAUGCAUUAAAGGAGUGUUUUGAGGAGUGGGAAUCAGCUUACGAGAUCUACGAUAUGAGGGUGGCGAAUCUCGUUAUAGAUGCUUAUUUAAAGAAAGAUCGGGUGGUAGAUGCUGAAAAUAUUCGUGAGAGAGCUGUUUCCAAGGGUUAUGCCGACUUGCGGACUUUUAAUUUAUUUGUGGACUAUUACUUGAAGAAUCAUCAAAUAGAUUUGGCGCUGGAGUGCUUCGAAGCUGGAAUUGAAGGGGUGAAGAAAAAUGAGAGGAAGCCAACGAAGGAGAUUGUCGAUAAAUUUUUCAGAUUCUUUGAGGAAUCAAAGGAUACAGAUCUGCUGGAGUCAUUCUGUGAGAGCUUGAAAAAGCAAAAUUGUCUCGACGAAGAAGCUUACGAGUCAUUGGUCCGGAUCAAGGACGAUGGGAUCGAGCUGAGAUCUGAAGCAUUUGAAUCUGUAAAAAGAGCCAUAAUCAGUUGCAGAAUUAUAUCUGGUUUCUUCAAAUCCUUCGACCACAGUAAUAGCCUUUAUGAUCUGGCAACUGAGAACGAAACUGAUUCAAAUUUUUGCGAGUUGGACGAAGAGGAAGAAAUUGCUGAGCUUCAUAAACAGUCAGAUGUUCAAAUUGCUGAGCUUCAUAAACAGUCAGAUGUACAAGCAGAAUCGCUUAAUUUUAAUGCUUGCGGAAAUGAAAGCCGUUUGAAGUCGGCGGUAGUUCAUGUUUCGGCACCGUAUUCAACUAGAAAUAAGCUCAGUAGGCUAAGAACUCAGAGUCGGCGGAGUGAGAUGUUUCGUCGACGUCUUCUGUUUCCCGAUUCCAUUGACAUCAAGUCCCAGGGCAAAACACCACCCCUCCGUGCCCGUUUCCCAUUUAAAACCCUAACCCUAAUCGCUCGUCGAGGAACAAGAAGAACCCGUUCGCGCAUGGCGAAGAACCCUAUUCUCCUCCGCCUCCUCCUCCCCCUCCCUUUCCGGGGCAUAGCUCCUGCCAGAGGGCUCUCCACCGCGGCGGCGGAGGCGGAGCCGGAGACGGCGAAGAAGGAGGCGACGGCGGCGGCGGCGGAUUCGAAGCCGCUUUACCGGCGAUUAUCGGCGCUGGGCGGGGCGCCGGAGGGGAGCGUAGCGAAAACCCUAAACAAGUGGGUGAGGGAGGGGCGAUCGGUGAGGGCCGUGGAGCUCAUGAAGUACGUCAAGGAGCUCCGCAAGUAUAAGCGCCAUACGCACGCCCUUGAGUUAAUGGAUUGGAUGGUCAAAACGAGAGGCAUGAACAUGUCUUACACCAACCACGCAAUUCGGCUCGAUCUAAUCUACAAGGUCCGAGGCAUCGAAUCGGCUGAAGAAUACUUUUCGGCCCUCCCGGAGGCCGCCAAGAACGCGAGAACCUACGGAGCCCUUUUAAACUGUUACUGCACGGCGAAAAUGGAGGAAAAAGCUACAUCCCUGUACCGGAAGAUGGAUGAGCUUAGCUUGGCUUCGAGCACUUUGGUCCACAACAACCUGAUGUCCCUUUACACGAAACUAGGGCAUCCCGAGAAGGUGCUGGGCCAAUUCCAAGCGAUGAAGGCAAAGAACAUCGCCCCGGAUAACCUCACGUGUUGUAUUUUAAUGACGAGUUAUGCUUCGGCGGACGAUAUCGCGAGCGUCGAAGGAGUUAUAAACGAGAUGGAAGAGGAAGAGAGUGUUACUCUUCAUUGGAGCGCUUAUAGUACGCUCGCGGGCAUUUAUAUAUCGUCCGGGCUCCUGUCGAAAGCUGAAGCUGCUCUCAAGAAGCUCGAAGGGCUUAUUGGUUCUCGCGAACGAGAGCCGUUUCACUUUCUUAUGAGUUUGUAUGCAGGAACUGGUAAUCUAGGAGAGGUGAAUAGAGUAUGGAGCUCUCUGAAGGCUCAAUUCACAAAGAUCACUAACACAGGCUAUCUCAUCAUGCUCCAAGCUCUGAAUAAGCUCGAUGAUGCUGAGGGGAUGAAGGAGAUUUAUAAGGAAUGGGAAUCAAUCUAUGUAACUCAUGAUGUGAAGUUGACGAAUUUGAUGAUAGGAGCUUUUUUGAGGGGCGAUUCGACUGAAGAAGCAGAGGCCAUUUGGGCAAGGGCUUCUGAGAAGGGCGCGGUGUUCGACUUCAGGACGUGCGAGCUGUUCAUCGAUCACUACUUGAAGAGGAGUGAAACGGGGCCGGCUCUGAAGUGGCUCGAGAUGGCGAUUUCACUUGCGAAGGGGGAUGAAUGGAAAUUGGAUAAUGAGAAAGUGAACAAGUACUUGUCAUGCUUCGAGGAGGCGAAGGAUGCCGAGGGGGCCGAGAAAUUCUUGAAAUGCUUGAAGAGGUCAGGCAGCGUCGUCUUCCGAACUUACGCGGCUGGCUGUAAGACAAAUUCUUCGCUCAGUAGAAGGAUGAAAGAAGAUAAUAUUGUAGUGAGUUCUAAAGCAGAAAAGUUACUUGAAAGGGUGUGUAAGCGAGGAUCAUAAUUUUGUUUUUGCUAUCAAGCAACGAAAUGUUUCUUAUCCUACUUAAAAUUUUCUACCAUGAUAAUAUGUUGAAAUGAAAUGUUUCGUAUGAGAAAAUUUCAUGUUAAUUGCUUUGGUGCUUUUGGGAAA